ACAAAUGGUGGGAGCUGUAAGGCAUCCCAGCUAUGUGCCCCUGGGAGCAGCCUCCUUGGCAGGGCGUGAGAGCUGGUCCCUCUGUAAUCUGCCCUGGAGCACCACUGCUGUGAUGAGAAUGCAGAGCCCAGGAAUCCUGGGGAACUGGUUUUACACAUUCUCUCUGUGCAAAAUGGAUGGAGCAAGGGGGAUGAAACUCCACCCCCUGCAAAGGCUUAUAACUUCUCCAAAUGGUCCAGCCGUGGAGCAUUGCAUCUCCACUUCCAAGGACACUAGUCAGCUCUGUCAGGGCUUGUGUGAGGCAGAGAUCAGGGAGUUAUGGCCUCUAUGGGGCUUCAGGUGCUGGGCAUGGCCCUCUCUGUCAUUGGCUGGCUGGGCACCAUCCUGUGCUGUGGGCUGCCCAUGUGGAGGGUGACGGCCUUCAUCGGGAACAACAUUGUGGUGGCUCAGAUCAUCUGGGAGGGGCUGUGGAUGAACUGUGUGGUGCAGAGCACGGGCCAGAUGCAGUGCAAGGUCUACGACUCCAUGCUGGCGCUGCCCCAGGACUUGCAGGCGGCUCGCGCCCUGGUGGUGAUCGCCAUCGUGCUGGCCGUGCUGGGGCUCCUCCUGGCCAUCAUUGGAGGGAAAUGCACCAACUGCGUGGAGGAUGCUUCUGCGAAAGCCAAGGUCAUGAUCGUCUCUGGAAUCAUCUUCAUCAUCGCUGGCAUCAUGAUCCUCAUCCCCGUCUCCUGGUCAGCCAACAACAUCAUCCGGGAUUUCUACAACCCCAUGGUCACUGAGGCGCAGAAAAGAGAGCUGGGGGCCUCCCUGUACAUUGGCUGGGCUGCAUCCGCUCUCCUGCUCAUCGGGGGGGCCCUACUCUGCUGCAGCUGCCCCCCCCGGAAUGAGAAACCCUACUCUGCCAAGUACACUGCUGCUCGGUCGGUGCCGGCCAGCAACUACGUAUAGGGACCAUGCGUGCUCUGUGCCUCGGCCACCCCUCCCACCGAAGACAAUCAAGGAGCUGCCAUCCUGCUCAAAUCCAGCCCGCUGCUCUGCUUCUACCUCUGCCUGAGCCCAGCUCUCCCCCUGUGGCCCUGGACCUGAUGGCUGAACACAGGCUGAAGCUGGCAAGGAGCUUCCUGAAGGAGAAGACUGUGGCCUUUCCAUGGGCUGGGGCCUUGGGAGAGCGGCUCGGCCUCCUGAGAGCAGAAGCUCCAUGGUGCCAGGGUUGGCUGGCUGCUCAGACACACCCUCAGCACAUCCCUGGCUGACACGUACAGCUGGUGAGCGGCUGCACAUGCCCCAGUGCUAAGAAUCUGCCACUGCAGCUUGUUUGUGUCAGAGCACAGAGCUCUUGGAAUUCCUCAAGGUCACCUGAGCGAAGCCAGCCUGGGCUUGGACCUGGCAGCCCAUCAGGGCUCUGCUGGGCAUCUCCACAAGGCACGGCUAGCUCCAGCGUUGUCAGCCAGCCCCCUUGCAGCUCUGGCACCACCUGUGCCCACCCAGGAGGGGGAGGGGAAGGGGGAGAAGGGGUGCACUGGGCGAUGUGAGGGGUGGAAGGUAGUAAGAGAGUUUGCAGGUGCUUCUCUGUUUCCCUUGAGAUUUCAGCUGGUUCUUUAAUCCGAGUUAAAAUGGAGAAUAGAUACAAACAGUCCCUGACUGCUCUGGCAGCACCAUGCUUCAGGGGGACAGAGAGAAGACGCUGAGGCAGGGCAGGUCCUCCCUGGGAGCAGUGAGCCCAGCCCCUGCAGAGGAAGGAAAGCUGCAGCGAGGCCCAGGUGUUGCCAUUCCUCCCCUGCAGCACCUGAGGGAGGGGUGGGGGCCUCUAGCCUCCUUCCAGUACCAGAACUCAGGUCUCCAGCAGGUGCUGGCAUUUCGGUCGGGCCCUUGCCCGGGGGUCAAAGCAGGAGCUUUUAGUCUGAGAGUGCCUUAUUAGAGUGAAACUGCAACAGGGACCCUUUGUGUCUCCAUGUGUCUGUCAGUGUCUCAGGCUGGGUGUGCGUCAUGAUGUCUUGGUGACUGCUUUUCUGUCUAUGUCUCUGUCUCUGGGUGUGUCUGAGUUUCUUUGUGUGCCUGUCGACUCGCAGGGUUGUCGUUCAGUGCGUGUCUCUGUCUCACUCUAGGGGUUUGUCUUGCUCUUGGUGACUCUGGCCAGGUCUACACUAGAAACUUUUGCUGGUAGCACAGUGUCACGUAGGGGUGUGAUUUGUACCACAUUUCUGUGCUGGCAAAAGCUGCAGAGAAGGUGCAGGAACGCCGGCAAAAAAGUCCUUUGCUGGUAUAGCUUAUUUCUCUCAGGGAGCCAGGAUAAGCUGUAUUGGCUACAGCACUCUUGCUGGGACAAGCUGCAUCUCCCCUGGGAGGUUUGCCCCCGUGGCUGUACCUAUAGAGAGACACUGGCCAAUGCUCCGAGUGGACACAGGGCUCCGGCCUGCUCUUAGCAUCCAUCAGAGACAGUGCUUGGUUCAGAUGGCCCAUCCUGAGGGGCUGGGCUGCUGAGCAGGGAGCUGUUUCCUGUCAUCCCACCCCUCCCCUUGUACGGUGAGACUUUGGCAAACCAGUAAAGUGCCUGAAACCUUGGGUUGAAAAAACCCCGGGUAACACCCUGUGUUUCUGCUUUGACCCAUUCUCAGGCCUGUAUUUGUUUAGCUGCACCUGUGAUUUCUGUGUCAGUGGCACCUGCGGGAGGGGCAGUGCUGGGGACUGGAUGUCAGUGGCCCAGCUGGGCAAACCGGUUUGGGAGGUGGGAGCAGAGCCAGGCAGGUUGAGCAAAAGCAGAAAGGAAAGGUGCUUCCAGUGGUGGCAAACACCCUCUUUGGGAGCCUGCUGCUGCACAUGUCCAGCUCCGGCUGAGUCUGGAACAGGGGAGCUGCACCUGGACCACUGCAAACAGGAACAGCCUGAAGGCUGCCCAGAUUAAUCAGCUGGCUACAGCUCCCGUGGACUGCCAUCCCUGAGAAGGGGCAAAGCCACUGUAACAGGCACCCAACGAGGCACCGGGCAUAUUCUGUGGCCUGAUGCUGGCUCCCACCUAUACAGACUAGACCAGGCAGCUCCAGGGUUCACCUCUGGGAAGAGGGCCCCCCGUCGGCAUGGCUGAUUUGCUUCCUCAGUGGAGACCCAUAGGCUGCCCCUGAGAGCUGGAGCACGGGGCAGAGCUCCUCUCAUGACAAGCAGAGUGGCUCUGGGGGCUGGAAGUGCCAGACAGGGGAAGGGUGGAGUGAGCACAGGCGCUGGGAUGCCGGGAGAGUGCUGGAAGGGGGCUGUGCCCCAGAGUGACUUGGGAGCCCCCUUCCGCAGACCGGGGGCCAGGCUGCGAUCUUCCUGCCAAUGUGAAAUAUUAAUAAAUUAGUGUCAUUUUCUACAUUAAACCGCAGC